AUGGCAGUUAACAUGGAAGGUGGACCCACGCAUUUUUAUGAAGAAAUUGAACCCUUUUGUCGAUGGAGGAGAACGGAAGACAUCGACAUUGUUGAAUUACAUCUUCCUCCAGGUAUGAAGAAAGAGCAUCUUAAAAUACAGAUCAACAACAAUGGUAUACUAACAAUAACAGGAGCUUGUCCUGUUGACCAAACCAAAUCAAUCAAGUUCAUGAAAGAAACAAAAGUUGCCAAAAACUGCAGAAGAAAUGAAAUUCGUGCAAAGUUCUCAAAGGGAGUUCUGUAUGUGACAAUGCCAAAGACUAUGGUGUCGGCUCCUACAGUGGCAUUUCAGGGAAACACAUCAGAAACGCUAAACCGCAAAGCAGAUGAUGAUAUGGGUAAUGGAGUAAAGUGUGGAAGUGAAGUUCAGAGCAAAUGCGGCUCAUUGAGGCAAAGACUAUGGAGGAAGACCAUCGUUGAAGGUGUGGCAGCCGUGGUGGUCGUGGCUGCUGCAGUUGUAGGAGCGGUUAAAGCCUACCAAUUCUUUAUGGCAUCACCUGUUUGA